AUGACGUUGAAUGCAGUGCCGGACCUCACUUUAUGGGACUGGCUUUUCGAAUCUAGCAGUUCUCCUCUGCAAAACAAACAUCCUUCUACUCUUUCUGGAUUCACGAAUGCGACCACCAAAGAGCGGGUCAGAUAUGACGAGGUGAAGGAUUACGCUACGUAUCUUUCAACAGCCUUGGUGCAUAAAUUAGGACUUGCCGCAGGGGAAACGGUGGCACUGUUCAGCCCAAAUUCAAUAUGGUAUCCCGUUGCCAUGUUUGCGACUAAUCGUAUUGGAGGUCUUAUCUCCGGUGCUUCCCCUGCCUAUAAUGUGGAGGAAAUGACCUACGCAUUACAAACCGCCCAGGCCAAAGUUAUUAUGACUGCGGCCUCAUCGCUUUCCGUUGCAGUGCCAGCUGCCAGAAAUGCGGGGAUCUCGAAUUCUCAUAUCAUACUUCUCGAGGGUCAGGCUGAUGGUUUCUGGACUGUCAAGGAUCUUCUAGCAUUUGGCAAAAAAUAUGGAAACAAUCAAGUCACACCUUAUCAAAUUCCAGCAGGAAGGACUAACCGGGAUGUCUGUGGAUUUUUGAGCUUCAGCAGUGGAACUACUGGGCUUCCGAAGGCAGUCAUGAUAUCGCAUUCGAACGUAAUUGCGCAGUGCUUACAAGUUGCCCAGAUAACUGCAGAUAAUCAUAACAAGGUUUUAGCAGUGCUUCCACUUUUCCAUAUCACUGGUCUUGUGCACCAGAUGCAUCUUCCCCUAUUCAGAAAUUCAGAGGUUUACAUGCUGCCUACAUUCACAAUGCAGGCUAUGUUAGAAACCGUGGUUCAAUAUCAAAUCGCUGAGAUGCUUCUUGUUCCACCUAUCUUGAUCCGCCUUUUACGUGACCCAAUCGUACAAAAUUACGAUCUUUCUCACGUUCGCAAGUUUUCUUCUGGCGCGGCUCCAUUAUCUGCGGAAGUCAUACUGGCCCUGAAGAGCCGUUUCCCUCAUGCCGGUUUUAAACAGGGCUAUGGCAUGACAGAAUCCUGUAGCUGUAUUACAGCACACCCGUUGGAUAAAUCUACAUACGAAUACGCACACCGAGUUGGAACCAUUGUUGCAAGUACCGAAGUCAAGAUCGUGGACCCCGAUACGGGCAAGGAGCUUGGCUAUGAUAUGCCCGGAGAAAUUCUUUCUCGAGGUCCACAGAUUGUAAUGGGCUACCUCAACAAUGAAAAGGCCACCCGAGAAACCUUCGACGCCGAAAACUGGCUCCACACUGGCGAUAUUGGAUUCAUUGAUUCAGAAGGCUUCAUUACGAUAACCGAUCGGAUCAAAGAAAUGAUCAAAGUCAAGGGCAUCGCAGUUGCCCCGGCGGAGUUGGAAGACCUUUUGCUUGGGCACCCAAUCGUCGAGGAUGUAGCCGUGGGUGCCAUUCCGGAUGAAUACACAGGCCAGCGACCAAAAGCGUACGUCGUUCUUAAACAAGAUAUUCGCCAGAACAAAACUCCCGGUCAGAUUCGAUCGUUGCUGAAUGUUAUUAUUGACUAUGUUCGUAAGAACAAAGUCCGCCAUAAAUGGAUCACCGAAGCCGAGAUGCUAAAUGAGAUCCCCAAAAGUGCCAGUGGAAAGAUACUUCGCAGGGUGCUACGACAGAUGGAGAGUAACAAAAAUACGAAGGGGCGUCUCAUAGCUACUCGCGGGGAGAUCAAAGCCAAAAUCUGA